ACAUCAAACUAGUUGGUAGAAUAGAAGGAAGGAAAUAUAAGAAUGGGAGUGUGGGGAUAUACAUAUAUAUAUUUAUUAUAGAUUUUAGAUAUAAUAUGAUAUGAAUGCAGAGUAAUAAUGUUUUGCAACGCGAUGAAUUUGUGUACCGCAUCAUCAUCGUCAUCGUUGACGGGUAUUAGAAUUGUUAGUCCAACUCCAACUAACAACAACAAGAAGAGUUGUAAGCAGAUACAUCAUCAGCCCCGUUCAUCUUCUUCUUCAUUUUCACUUACCAUUACUCACCACCCGCAACUUCCUUUUUCUUCUUCCUAUGCUUUUCCUCUUCGUUCAUUCUCUUCGCGAUCCUAUUCUCAUUCUACGAUUGUGAGGGCGGUGUCGCAGAAGGAAUCACUCCGUGUUAUGAUUUCUGGCGCUCCUGCUUCUGGUAAAGGAACUCAAUGCCGCCUUAUUACCAACAAAUAUGGUUUGGUGCAUGUUGCUGCUGGAGAUUUACUUAGGGCAGAGAUUGAGACUGGAAGUGAAAAUGGAAAGUCUGCAAAAGAAUAUAUGGAGAAGGGACAGUUGGUCCCUGAUGAAAUAGUUGUCAUGAUGGUCAAGGAGCGUCUCUUGAAGCCAGAUUCUGUAGAGAAUGGUUGGCUUUUGGAUGGAUAUCCCAGGAGCUUAUCACAAGCUACUGCACUUAAGGAAUUAGGGUUUAAACCUGAUAUUUUUAUUCUUCUAGAGGUCUCGGAAGAUACUCUUGUGGACAGAGUAGUAGGAAGGAGAUUAGAUCCAGUUACUGGGAAGAUAUAUCAUUUGAAAUAUUCUCCACCAGAAACAAAAGAAAUUGCAGAUAGGCUUACCCAACGAUUUGAUGAUACUGAAGAGAAGGUAAAGUUGCGAUUGAACACCCAUCAUCAAAAUGUGGAGGCAGUCCUUUCCAUGUAUAAAGAUAUAACCAUUAAGAUUAAUGGAAAUGCCUCUCAGGAGGAAGUGUUUGCUCAAAUUGAUGGUGCACUUACAACUCUUCUAGAGCAGAGGAAAGCUUCUUCAGAAUCUAUGGCAGCACACAAGAACAUCGUUUGACCUUUCGAUUUAGCAUAGUGCCUCGCUUGAGGUACUGGAUUUUAAACUAUAUUUAUUUAUUCAGUUGCAAGAGCCACAAAAUAAGUUUCAUUUUCUCGUUAAGAUUGAUCUGUUGGAAUAGCCUCACAGCUUUAUUUAAUCCCUUUUGGACCAGUGAUAGUAAACUCCACUUUAUAUUUUACAUGUUCAUUUUAGUGAGAAAAUGGAGGUUAUAGUGAGUCAUAGUUUGUUGGUUUGGUUCCUCCUGUUACUUCUGGUCGGUAAGUUGUGUUCUUUACCAUUUUCUGUAUAUUAUUAUUGAAAAUUAUGUAUUUGAUUUAUCAAAGGAAAUAAAAUAGUAAGCAAAAUCUUCUAUUCAA